CUCGUAUGUCGCCCGCUCAGGCAACCCGCUCUUCUCCGUCUACGACAACCUGAGCCCGGUGGUGAGUGUGGAGCAGAACUUUGACAGCUUGCUCAUCCCACCAGAGCACCCCAGCAGGAAACGAGGAGACAACUAUUACCUGAACAGAGCUACGAUGCUUCGUGCUCACACCUCAGCCCACCAGGCCGAGCUGGUCCGGUCCGGUCUGGACGCCUUCCUGUUGGUUGGAGACGUGUACAGGCGGGACGAGAUCGAUGCCAGUCACUACCCCGUCUUUCAUCAAAUGGAGGGGGUCCGACUCUUCACGAACCACGAGCUGUUCUCGAAGGUCCACAAAGGAGACGAGCUGUCUCUGUUUGAGAGAGGAGGCCGGCGGACCCCCCACAAACAGGAAGUCCACACCCUGGAAGCCGUGAAGCUGCUGGAGUUCGACCUGAAGCAGACCCUGACCCGACUCGUCUCGCACCUGUUCGGAGCCGACGUGGAGGUCCGGUGGGUCGACUGCUACUUCCCCUUCACCCACCCGUCCUUUGAGAUGGAGGUGCGUUUCCAGGGCGACUGGAUGGAGGUUCUGGGCUGUGGCGUGAUGGAGCAGGAGCUGCUGAACUCAG